AUGGACGGUGCAAUGGGAAUCCCCUUCGGCAUCUUCGGACUCAUGUUCUUCCCCAACUUGCCGGAGUCUACAGAUGCCCCCUAUCUCAGCAAAGAGGAAAUUCAGCUAGCAAUAGGUCGCCUGCCACCGAAGAAAGAUUGGAGCCAUGACAUCAGUCUCAAAUCCCUUGUUAAGAGACUGUUAGCCAAACCGGAUAUUUACAUCUUUACUCUCUACUCAGUAGUAGCCUGCGCAUUGGAAGCCAUCGUUCUGCAAGGUCUAUUCUUGCUCUGGAUGAAAGCAAACAGCGAGAAAUUCUCCUCGUAUGCGACUACGACCUACCCGUUAGGCAUACAGGCCGUGUCUAUUGUCUCCAACGUUGGGGCCGGCUACGUUAUCGACAUGACUAAUCGCCGCAUACCGAUGGUUAUACUAGCUGGCGCUCUGCAGCUUCUAGUCUCAAUCCUGUUGUUGAUACCCAAUCUUCCGACCGCUGGAACUUUCUUCGCAUUCUACUUGGCCGGUACCUCGUACAUCGUCAACCCCAUUCUCUACGGAUGGGCUAGCGUGAUCUCUCAACGCAGUGGUGAUGACGCUUCUCGAUCGGUCACGCUGUACAUCAUGAGUAUGGUGCAGUCGAUAUUGUACACUUUCUGGGGUAUUGCACUCUAUCCAGCAAGCGAUGCGCCGUACUGGAAGAAAGGGUAUAUCGCGAUGAUCGUGGUCGUCUUUGCGUUCUUUGGCGUGACUGCGGCUGUUCAUUGGUUGGAUCAAAGAUCUCAGAAGAUUGAGAGUAACGCGUCCGAGGAGAUCACACAGAUGAGUGAAAGAAUGAGCGAGAGGAAUAGAAAGGAUCCAAGACUGGAAGAUUGA